AUGGCACCAAAUGACGCUACCCCCUUCCGCUUUCCUCUACCCCUCCUACUCGUUGCAUCUAUCCUAAUCCCUUUUCCUUUUGUGUCAUGCCAAUCGCCAGUCCCCAGCGAUUUCGUCUCCAUGCGUCGCUCCCGUCGACAGCAAAACCCUUCCGAUGACCACAUUUUCCGCGUGAAUGUCAUGCAACGAGAUGGUUUCGCUUCUCUUGCACUUUCUUUCUCCCUAUCCACUCUUUCUCCAAUAGAAUCAAUACUCUCCAUCGCUGUCCGCAAUCCCCCGCGAGACAUUUUGUCUUCAGAAACCUUUUCCGAUCCGCUUUAUAGCACCGAUACUAAGUCAUGGACAUUUUCGGCAAACUUUUCAUUCCAAGGCACGGUGGGGGUCGCCCAAUUCGCCAUUGAGGCCACCACUGGGAACCCCUCGUUCUUGUAUAUCGCUGAGUUUCAAGUUACAGUCUCGGGCAUUCAAGUUGCAAUUGGCCAGCACGUCGUCUCUGGUGCAUUUCGAAAAGGAAUCGGCCUCGGUUCGUACGCCGAGUGGAUUGACCGACGCCAACUUGCGCUCCCACUUCGAAUACAACCGCCUUCGAACAGUGAGGGAUUGCUACCUAUCAACCGCGGUGUCGAGCUCCAGCUGAUUGAAACCGCUGGUCUUGUUGACUCGGUCUUGUACGAUAGAACGUUUUGCUCAGGAAAAGUAGCUUUGAAAGCUGUUCCAGAAAGAGAAAAUAGCCGUGGGAACACGCUUUUUGUCUACGACAAAAAUGAUUACUCGAUUAGUGACGUCUCCAUGCUCAAUGAAUGUGGGCUAGGCAUUUCCGGCGAUGGAAGGUGGCUCAUUCUCAGAUUCGAAUCGUAUCGCGUAUCGGGUUACAACUUUGGGGUGCGUAUCGAUUGGAAAGCCCCCAACUCAGCCGCGUUGGACCUCAUGGGAAUGCCUUUUUUUCCGUCGCAUGCAGUGACGAAUUUUGUGUUUGAUGAGAGAGCUGCGCCGCCAGUAAUAGUUCUUGGCGAGAAUGUCGCUACGCUUGAUCAUUACGGAAAUGAAGUGCUGACUCUAUCGAUUGCAAAUGCGUUACAGCCCCUGCAGACAUCUGACUUGAGAGCCGAAGACUUCGCUCUUGAAUUUGAAGCGCGCAACAAUGAUCGACGAUCCGUUUCGGCUACACGUUUCGCUUCGGCUACAACAACCGGAGAAGCCGGUGCUGUCAGUGAACUAAGUUUUCGGACCCCGACUUGGUCAAACCAGUCUGCUCAAGACCUCAAGGUCACUCUGACCUACAUGUCCCAUAUUGGAAGCGGGGAUGUCAUUACAGGCUCCUUAUUCACUGCUUCACUGAAACAGACGCAGGUCAGACGGCUAGCUGUAAUCGCUCCUGGAAGCACGCUCUCUGUUUCACUAGUUUCACCAGAAAUCGCGCAGCCCGAUGAGUGCGAACAGGACCCGGCAAAAUACGCAGCAAAUCGAUUCACACUGGUCGAGUUGGAGAGCUCUACGCACAACGCUACUACGUUCAGCACGUACAAAAAGGGGGAGAUUGCGGUGCGACUUCGAACGCCAUUUCCCAGACUCUCAGAAGAUGGAGUUCGAUUUAUCAGCGUAGAAGGGAGAGUGCUGCGAUAUGGUAUUCUAGUGACGCGGUCGAUUGACGAGGAUGAACUUAAAGAUAGCGUCGAUGCGCUCGAGAGGGAAAUUUCGAGUCAGAAUGUAUCGGUCGCUGUGAAGCUGGAAAGCGGGGCGCUGAAGUUGACGCGAAUCGAGACUGUGAAUAUGUCUUUGUGUGAGGCCUUUAAGGUCGUUCCGCCGGUGGCAGAGUCCGCCAAUACAAUUUCUGGUAUCGGGCUGCCUCUACUGGCAUUAUGGGUGGUGAUCUGCAUUGUGGGGGUCUCGGUAUUGUUCGCCUGUCUAUGGCUGAUCUUGCUGCCGUCGUCAAAAUCAGAGAGCGGGUUACAGUCUGGUAGAACAGAUGGGGGUCGGACGAGCGAAUCGCCCAAUAGCGGACAAAUAGAAGAAAUGGAAGAGGAGAGGUUGCGGUCUAGAGAAACGUCCCUCUCGGCCGAGGCGGAAAUGAUUCCGACGCCGGAAAUUGAGUUUUCUUUUCGAGUGCCGUUCGGAGAUGGCGUGGACUUGGGCGGGACCGAGUUGAUAGACGAACUGGACGUGUACUCGAGCGAGGAGCACGGGGUGGCGAUGGAGGUAGGGUCGGAUCUGGACUCGUCGACAGAGAACGCGAUGCUGCAAGGGGUUAUGCAAGUCGUGAGCGGGAUAGCGGAGCGGAUGUUUGGGGCUCGGCGGUGGUUUGGGGGGAGACAGGGGAACGAGGUUGGGCAUGGGGAGGAGCGGACCGAGUCUCGGGAGUAAGAGCAUGAUGGGAGCGUGUUUGCGGAGUAGAGGGUAGGAUAGUUUUGCAGACGUAGGACGCAAAGACAGCGGGUGUGGCGUGGAAGUAGUUUUAACUUGCGAGGGAGUUGGGUGGUUGGGAGCAAAUGGCGACGAUGAUAAGUGGUGGUACUGGUGUAGUAUGAGAAAGGGCAAAAGAAAGUGCUAUACAAAGU